AGUCAUCGAACAAUUGCAUUUGAUUUUAGUCGAGUUAUUGUAUCACUUUAUAAAUAAUGAUUUUUUAUUAUAAAAUAAUAAUAUCAUUUAUUGUUUGUUUUAUUGAUGGAAAAAAAUAUAAUGAUUUAUCAACAUAUCCAAUGUUUAAUAAUUUUGAAAAUAUUUAUAAAAAUAAAUAUUUUGAUAAUUUAAAUAAUAAUGAUAAUAAUGCAGGUAUUGGUAGAUUUGGUAAUCGUGAAUUUACACUAUUUGUUAACAGAAAAACAUGGUCAGAAGCAAUGCUUGAAUGUUGGAGAAAUAGUUUAGAAUUUGUUGAAGUUAAAACAAUGGAUGAAGCAAGAAAACUUUCUCGUAUUAUGCUAAAAAAUCGUCCAGAUGCAAUUGAAAGUAUCUGGGUUGGUGCAUUUGAAAGAAGUGAUGGAGAUAAUAUUUAUUGGAGAUGGUUGUCAGGUGAUAAUAUUCAAGAUGAUAAUGAGUUGUGGAAAAAUCAAGUUGUUGGUAAUAAAAAAUUAGGAGGAUGGAGUGAGUGUCUUUUGUUGGACUGGCAUUUUUGGGAAAAUCCAAGUUUUAGAAAGACACCUUGUGAUAGAAAACGAGGAUAUAUUUGUCAGAAAACAAUAGCCAGUAAUGAUUUAGGAGAACCAGAUUAUGACCAACAUGAAGAUCGUCGUUUUUUAUCAGAAGAAUCAACAUCAAAUGCUACUAGUACUACAACAACAACACCAACAACAACAUCAUCUACAGUUGCUGCUAUUACAUUUACCACUGCUAGUACUAUGACAAAUUCUCUGAUGACAACACAACUGCCAAUGUCAAGUGAACCAGUUCAAGUACAUUCUACAAAAUCCCAAGAAAUAAUCACCCCGAGUCCAACAAAUGAUUCUUUAUAUCCACUAGAUGACUAUGAGGAUGACUCAAACAAUAAUGACUUGACAAAUUCAACAAGCUUAAAAAUAGAUACAUCUACAGAAUCAUUAUCAACUGCAUCACCAAUAAUGCACUCUAAAAAACCACCAGACGACUUUAUUCAUCAACAACAAAAUUUGGCUAAUGUUGAAAUUAAAACACCAUCUAGUAUUCAUGAAAAAAUAAAGAAAAAAAAUGAUUUUCAACCGUUAAAAUUAUAUUAUGCAUUUGAGGGCCCAGUUAUUGUUGGAUUGACAUCAACAGUGAUGCCUGAAGCGAGAGAAAAUUUUGAUUUAAAACCAAAAUCAUCCAGGCCAAAGUAUCACAAGUUUAUUAUUCGUCGAAAAAAUAAAAAACAACGGCAACGUGAAAAUUAAUUUCUUAUUAUUAAAAUAAAGUCUUCUUAUGUAUUUGAU